CCAACUCGGUCCCUUCCUGUUCUUCCCAAUUCUCAGAGCCACAGAUCAGACCCUCGUUCUCUCUCUCCUCUCUCUUUCCCUCUCCAUCUGUAUACCAGAGAUGGACUUUCACAGUUUCAAUUUGCUUGUUAUCUUCUUCCUUCUCUGCUCGCGAGCUGGGGCCGAAGGUACUGGAUCUGUAUUCUUUGUCGAUGGCUCCGGUAAUCAGUUUAUUCGCAAUCCUUCUCCGAACGAUGUCGACAAGCCUGAUUCAAUGGUGGCCAUGGAAGUUGGUGCCGCAGUCUCAGUUUUGCUUGGUCUUGCUCCACCUUCUACACUUUCUGCGGCUAGCUCAUCUAAGUUGAAUGAGGUUCUCCAGCCUAAUCCUUUCAAUAGGCCUCGUGCUGUUUUCAUGCUGGAAGUUAGAGGAAUUGAUGAUCCUAGUCUUGUAGUCAAAGGUGAUUCCAUUCUCAGCGAUGCCUAUGGUAGUAAGAUUGUUUUUUAUUCAAAGGAAGCCGAGAUUCAAUUGCCAGAUGAAGAUGAGGUAGCUGUGGUAUCUUUGGAUGAGCCACUGGCAGAUUGUACUGAUAGAGAAAUCUCAGAUUUUGCAACUUGGAUGGGUGGAUCAUAUGUAGUUGAUAUGCUGGAACCAUUGAACGGAGAGUUGACUAUUCCAUUGGGCAGUGGUGCCAAUGCAAAGUUUCAUAUGUCAAAGAAAGCUGACAGGGAGUUUAUAGUGAGUCUUCUAUCUCUUAUCCACAAUUUUAGACGGGCAAUAGAACUGCAUGAAGAUUUAUCUCAAGGCACACAACAUCCUGCUGAGUUAGUGACUGGUCAUUAUGAUGGCAUUAAGGUCUUGCAAGAGCAAUAUGGAACUGAAGCCAUUGCUCAACAUGGAAAGGAGUUACUACUUGCUACAUUGACCAAGAUAUCUAAUUCAUUGCAAAAUGCACACAAAGGUCAUAUUGUUGGUGUUAUCUCCUUCUAUAAAUCAUCUCCUCUGGAAUCAGGCAAGAUGUUGAAUUUGAGGUUUAUUCCUCGGCCAUCUGCACGUUGGUUAGAAGAAACAAAAGUCCCUCAUGAUCUGAAGGUUGAAGUUGUGUUGGUUAGACGGACACUUGCUUGGAUCACGGGGAUUAUACUCAUCAUUGCAACUCUCUUAGGGGUAUACUUCCUGUUGAACAUGCCACUCACAAGGGAUACCCUCCUGUAUUCCAAUGUUAAGCUUGACUAAGCAUGAAGGAGUUCCUAAUUACCAGAAGAGGCUCAGGUUGCCAUUGAUCCUCCUAUGCAUGUGUUUUAUGUAGAUGAAUCAUGCAGAUAUCCAUGUUUCCAUUGUCGCGUGAAACCCGUUCCGUGUUUUAUGAUAUUAAAACAGGUAGCUAUAGUUAAUCUGAGUUUUCACAUUAAGGCAUUGGUGGCUAGAUCAAGGAGGAAUUGGCAUUAUAAAGAGAAGUUAAUUGGUCUAGACCUUUUUUGGUUUUUUAAAUGUAAAGCAUGAAACUAGGCAGUGGGGUGAGCGAUACUUAAGCAAAUUUAUAUUACUAUGUGCAUUUGCUGGUUGAGGAAUUGUUGUGAUGUGUAUUUGUUUAAAAUCUAGAUUUUUCUCAUUUUGUAUUGUAGCUUCUGAAUUAUGAAUAAUGAAAAACGCAUUCGAUUUUUAUUUGUCGUGAUGACCAAUAAAAUUUCCUUUUUUAUUCAUGCA